CUUCACCUAGAUGACGAUGUUUGGCAACCAUUUCCACAACAUCGAACCCCAGCUUCCUCCAGGCUUUCGAUUUCACCCCACCGAUGAGGAGCUCAUAGCCCAUUACCUUCUCCAGAAAGCCCUCGACAGCAGCUUCACCAGCCGAGCCAUCGCCGAGGUCGACCUCCACAAGUGCGAGCCAUGGGAGCUUCCAGAGAAGGCCAAGAUGGGGGAGGAGGAAUGGUACUUCUUCAGCCUUCGAGACCGCAAGUACCCGACGGGGCUCCGGACGAACAGGGCCACCGGUGCGGGAUACUGGAAGGCGACCGGGAAGGACAAGGAGAUCUACAGUUCGAGGACGAAGUCGCUGGUGGGGAUGAAGAAGACGCUGGUGUUCUACAGGGGACGGGCUCCCAAGGGAGAGAAGAGCAACUGGGUGAUGCAUGAGUACAGGUUGGAAGGCAGGUUCGCCUUCCAUUUCCUCUGUGGAUCCUCCAAGGAUGAGUGGGUGAUCUCUCGUGUCUUCAAGAAGUGCGGGACAGGCAGCGGCGGCAAGAAGAACCGCCUCGCUCUCGCUGGAGAAGGUUCCUAUUCCGAUUCCACCAUCUCUGCUGGCUCGCCGUCCUGCGGCUCCCUAGCGUCGCACCCCGACAUGCCGCGUUUCCCAGCCGCCGCCACGCUUCUCGAUCAGGACAGCUGCUUCCACGAGAGUAGCGAGGGGGAGCCCGUGCCCUGCUACUCCACUGCCGGACCCAGCUUCCGCCUACCGUUUCCUCACACCACCGCCACCUUGCCAGCCUGUGGGGCAUUGUUCCCGAGCCUGCGGGCGAUGCAACCGGGCCUCCAGCUGCCUUUCUACCUCUCCGGUCUGGCGCCGAUGCCGCUGGGCGGGAGCGGCGGCCUCGACGCCAGGAGCAACCACGAGAGGGGUUGCCCACGGUCCGAUCUCGAUGGGAAGGCGGUGUCUGCAGCGAGAGGGCACCGGAUGCCGCUGGGAGCCAGCGAGCUUGACUGCAUUUGGACAUCCUGA